AUGAUUAGUGCUAGAAGGUCCCUGCACGUUACGGCGCGUGCGUGGGCUAGAACCAAAUACACCAAGCCCAAGCCCAAGCCUAAAGCGAGACUAAACGUCAGAAGUCCAAUGCAGAUAACGCAUCAUGACAACAACCUACAAGUGACAGCGCCUAUCCCCCCGGCAGCAGCCAAUAUCACGACUCCCGAUGACCAUCCCCUAUGGCAAUUUUUCGCGGACAAAAAGUACUUACGCAAGUUUGAUGAACUGGACGUGGACUCAAGGCCAUGGACUAUUCCAGAGCUCAGAAGAAAAUCAUUCGAGGACCUCCACUCUCUAUGGUACACCUGCCUUAAGGAGAGGAAUGUGCUGGCCCGUGAAAAUCACUUGCUGAAGAACGAUAUUGGUUCCAAUCAGGACUCUUACGAAACUGUGUCUGAGAAAAUUAGAACCACUAUGUGGAGAAUAAGGCAUGUGCUCAGCGAGCGUGACUGGGCCUUCAAGCUUGCGCAGCAAGAAUUCGGCUCUGAAAAAGAAGUAUUUUUGCAAGAGUUCGAAGCUGAAUUCCUGGAGGCGCCCACCGCAGAGGACGAAGAGGUCUUCGAGAAGCUCAGCAGGCUACAAUACAGUGUUUUUGGCAUUAGUGAAUACAUUGACGAAAACAAAGUGGACAGGGCUUUUGUCGACGGCAUGAAGUACGUUGCUACUUUGAAACUCAAGAAGUUUGCCUCCCGGCAAAAAGAAGUUGAGGAUCUACUCCAGCAAUCGAACAAUAGCAUAAGCGACGCCGGUGAGGCUUUUGUGCUCUUCACAGCAGAAAAUACCCUUGAAUCCGUUAACGAGGCGUGCGACGUAAUCAAAGAACUGAGGGCCAAGAACAGCUCAGUAUCUAGAUAUGAAGAGCUUGAAAUUGUUGGCGGCUACGUGAAACAGCUGGCGGCAGCUCAAGACGAGAAAACCACCAGCGCAUAA